GGAUCAGAAGACUCCAACUGUCAUAGAGAAUUGGUUGUUUGAUUGUAUAGAGCAGUUUAAAGACCUUCUGGUGGAUCCAUAUCUGCUUCGCUAGAAUCUAAAAAUACCCUUCCCAUUUGUACGACUAGGCCUCAUUUUAAGCACCAGUGCCUUUGCCAAGUGUGGCUUGGUUCCACACUGGAUGAAGGUUUCCCACUUUUUCUUUUCUUCAAUACUCCAUUGACAUGUCAUUGUACAUUCUGAUACCCAUAUUAUUGCUACUCCCAUAUAAUACUAAAGCUCAAAACUGUCUUAAGCUGACCAAUUCAAAAGCAUGCCCCGCUUUCCAGAAUUACUAUAUUAAUCUCGGCUCAAGUUCAACGUUACCACAGCCAGCAUGGCUGAGCGGCGUGAAUGAUAUUAGCGGUUUUGACAAUGCUAUCCUUGCUCACCUCAAUUCCACAUCCUACGCACAAUCAUUCUGGAUGGACCAGCUUGGAUGUACGCCCGUCAAUACAAACUCCACUCCAUACGCCCAGUACUCGACAUCAGUGGCAUGUGCUCAGCUUAUACUAGAUCCUGCCGUCUCAUUACCUUGUAACUUUCAAUACAAUAUAUUACCAAACCCACUAUGUACAACUUCCUGUCAGGACUACGCUACGUCUGUGGCCGCCAUCGUAAACGAUACCAGGAUAUGUAAAAAAACUUCCAACUUUUCAACAAAUGGUGUCAACGCCGUCCUGCAAAUGUGUUCCAAUACCUCUGCACUAACCGGCACGCCAUCUAAUGGCUGCGUGGAUGCGUCGCAGAAUGAGACGUUGAAUUGUGGUUUUCAGAACGACACCGAAACGCUGUGUAAUUACUGCCAAAAUAUUUCCAACAACUCAUCCAAAUCAUGCUGUACGGCCGUUGAUUGUAGCAAAGUUUUCUCUAUUUCAAGUUCGUCACUGUCGCCAGGGUCGACUGCCGGAAUUGUAAUCGGCUGCCUAGCGUUUAUUGUGAUAUUGGGUGCUCUUUGGUGGUGCUGCCGUCGAAAGUAUCGGCGAGCCCCUCAGCAGGGCCUAUUCAAACCUUACUACAAAUCCACCAACACUGGGGACAUUUACGACCGAUCCAAGCCAAUGUCGUAUCGGCAAAAAAUGGAAACAGAUAGAUUGGUGGAAUUGUCGCCGGUAGUCGAUUCUCCCGAGACAGAAGGGUUCCUUGCAGCCCAGUCUCUUCUAGAUGGGUACUGCCAGGUGAUUCAUGCUUAUUAUCCACGAAGCGAAGACGAAGUCCUACUCGCCAAAGGUGAUAUUGCACGUCUGAUCUACACGUUUGACGACGGAUGGGCUCUUGCCGACAAUAUUACGACAUGCCAGCGGGGACUUUUGCCAUUACUAUGCGUGGCUAGCAUAUCAAGUGAGGAAGUAGCUAACGCUUUGGGAAUGUCGUUGGACGAUCCACAGCACAUGACGGACCCGACUGCAACUUCAUCGUCUAUGCUUAUUAGGGAAGGUAGGAACGAAAAUAGGAACUCGUAUCUGCUUACGGACGAUGGCCUUGAGCGACUUCAGAGGUCCUUAUCAGUGCGGACUAGCAACCUGCCUGUUGACCUAAUAGCGGAAUCACCUACGCCUUCACCUUCACCACCACAACGAUCCAUCUCCAUGCGAAAUCCACAACUCAUAAAACGAUAUUCGCAAGUGCCACUUCCAUAUGCAGGCGAGUUGUCUCCUAUGUUCGCUUCAGAUGACUCGAUACAAGCACUAAGGCCGUCCAUGCAAGGAGCUCGCUCUCGAUACAGCCAAGGAUAUGACGUUCAAAAGCCGCCUUUGGUUCGAAAAUCGAGCGCUUAAUCUGCAUAAUUUUGGGGGUAUGACGAUACUUUAACUAGUCCAGUGCUUAAAUUUUUCGGUUAAACGCCCGUGGCAAGUCUAUGUUCACACGGAAAUGGACCAGGACUCGACUUAGGGUACCAUUAACAACUCCAUUGCUUUGUUGCACAGGAUUAAAAAAGAUGAUCCCCCCGCCGACACUUACGUCUUUUUGUUUAUACGAUCUAAUCCACACAUUAUCUUUGUACACUAGCUUUUUUUUCUUACCCUUCCCCCCAAACAAUUGAUGUCCAGCAGCACCAUUAAAUAUAGCAUGGCGUUAAUGUCGAUUGGGAUUAGCGCAUGGACCUUCUGUUUUUCUCUUCAUUUUUAUUUUUAAAUCGUUGUUUGUUCAACGA